AUGCAGACUUUCACCUUUACCGCAUUCAUUGCCUCGCUGGCUGCACUCUCCAGUGCCGCACCCCCUGAGAAACGUCAAAUCAAGUCUGUCCCGAUCACCUUCUACACCCCUGAAGGUGAAAAAUGGUCCCAGGCGUUCCCCACGGAUAUGACCCCCCAAGAAGUUGAGGUCAAGAAGACCGUAUCUCACAUCUACAACCCCGGAGGAGCCACCUGCUUCUUCUCUGGAUCUCAGGGUGAAUGGAUCAAAGUGCCCAUUGCGGACCACCAGUUGGAGACGCCUCAGUCGUUGAAGACGGGAAGCUGUGCUCAUCUGUAG